AUGUCUCACCUCCUCGGCAUUGCACAUGAUGCGGUCGGAUGGACUCUGCCCCACGCCACACUCUGUGUUUUUGCUUUGUUUCUCAUCAGGGUUGUUGCAAGAAGAUGGUGGUCCCCGUUGCGGCAAGUUCCUGGGCCGUGGCUUGCAGCUUAUACCAGAUUAUGGAAACUCUAUCACACCUCCCGUGACAAUAUGGAACUGGUCAACAUUGACCUGCAUAGACGAUACGGUCCUAUUGUUCGCAUCGCUCCGCAUGAGGUUAGCAUCGACGAUCCCGAGGACAGCCUCAGAGUCAUAUACGGCCAUGGAACGCGCUUCACAAAGUCACGAUGGUAUGAAGCUUCCGAUCCGCCGGGGGGGCACUCUUUGUUCACGGACCCCGAUAUCAAGCGGCAUGCGCAUGAGCGCAGAAUGGUGGCAAGCGGCUUCUCGAUGAGUGCUUUGCUAGAGAUGGAAGACUUUGUAAGCGAAUGCGUCAAGGUCUUCGAGACCCGAAUGAAUGAAUUUGCGGAGAGUGGCCAAGCUCUCGACAUGGCGCACUGGCUGCAAUGUUAUGCUUUCGAUGUCAUUGGGGAGAUAACAUUUGCAAAGCGUUUCGGAUUCAUGGACAGGGGCGAAGAUGUCGGCAAUACAAUACAGACGCUCGAGGGGUUCCUGUCGUAUUCGGCAAAAAUGGGUGUACUGCCGGAACUCCAUGCGCCUUAUAGUAGACUCAAGUCACUAUUGUUUCCGGGAUCGGCUCCCCUGGAGACCGUUGGCGAGUUCGCUGUGAAAGCCGUCGAAGACAGAAAGCGGGCAGGAGCUGAACAUCGCGAUCUUGUGUCCCGGUUUCUCCAGACACAUGAAGAGAAACCGGGCGAAUUUCCAAUGAGCGAAGUUUACAAGAUGUGCACUGUCAUGAUAGGUGCAGGGUCGGACACCACGGCUAUAGCACUCCGCGCGGUCGUCUACUUUCUCUGCAAGAACCCGGAAAAGCUCAGCAAGCUACGGUCCGAGCUGGACGUCGCCGAGAGUGACGGCAGGCUUUCCGAGCCGAUCACUUACGCAGAAGCUAUGAGCCUGCCAUAUCUCCAAGCGGUACUGAAGGAAGCUAUGAGGCUCCAUCCUUCAACAGGCUUCACCAUGGCCCGUGUAGUGCCGAAGGGUGGAACCGUCCUAUUAGGCCACAGUCUACCAGAAGGGACGACGGUGGGAAUAAACUCCUGGGUCGCACACCGGAAUGAGGAUGUUUUCGGUCCCGAUGUGGAGUCCUUCAUUCCAGAGAGAUGGCUUAGGUCGGAAGAAUUUGGAUCUGGCUCGCGGACAUGCUUAGGAAAGAAUAUCAGUGUGAUGGAGAUGUCUAAGCUCAUUCCUCAGUUGAUACGGCAUUUCCACAUCCAGCUAGUGCACCCAGAUCGGCCUUGGAAAACAACAAACUGGUGGUUGGUCAAGCAGGCAGACAUGGACUGCUAUGUUAGCCAGAGAAGAAAGGCUUGAGACAGGGG